CACUUUCUUUCUGUGUGAAGGGGUUUAACCCAAUGAACAAUCCUGUCUGUCUUUCCCAAAAUAAUUCAGUGGGAGAGGGAUAACGGAGUGAGCCAGGGAGAUUGGAGCAGCGAGGUGCACAGCUCCUGGUUAUAAGUCUUGGGAGUGGGAGCUCUGCCUGCUUGGACCCACAGCCUUUAGCUCAAUAUACAGCGCAUUGCUGCCUGCCUGAAUGCCUGACUGACUUGACUGACUGACUGACUCUCCCUCCACUGUUUCUCCGUCUCGCUCCCUCUCUGUCCUGCUCCCUCAGUCCUUCCCUCCUACUUUCCACCCUGGAGAGCGAGAGCUAACAGAUUGGGAAGGUGCUCCUCAGACCUGCGUGUGGACAGCUUGAAGACAGCACUUAGAGGAUUUUUCACUCUCACUUUAAUCUGCUCUCUCACUUUUGCCACCUCUGCCGAAAAAGCACAUGGAUGGACUUUGGUUUGUUUUGUUGGAAACAGUAAACUAAAAGCUGAACAGACUCCACCUGGAGUUAUUUAAUUUUCAACUUGCUAGGUUGUUUUUUUUGUGAGCACGUGACCAAUUUUGGGUGCCAGCUGAGCUUUGCAAGAGGACAACACACUUUUUGUAUGCAUGUUCAAUUGAGUAUCUGAUGCUGUUGCGUCCCAUGGGAGACACUCGUGGCUGAAGCAAGGAGGGAGGUAGAAGAGAUCCACCUGACGCUCACACCUACCGCUGCUCUUAUCCAGUGCAAUCCCCCCCACCCCCCUCCCUGCCCCCUCAACGCUCUGAACAGAGAAAGGUCUUUGUGUGUGACAUCUGAAGCCUGGGACGCUGGUGACCAUGCUGUUGGCUCCUCUGUGUUUGCUGCUGAUGCUGGGGGAGCGUGCUCUUGCUGGUGGCUAUCCCCCCAUACCCCAUAUGAAGUACAUGCAGCCCAUGAUGAAAGGGCCAAUUGGACCGCCUUUCAGAGAGGGCAAGGGGCAUUAUGUCGAUAUGCCACCCAUGAUGGAGGUGAAGGGGGAACCAGGCCCCCAAGGGAAACCUGGACCAAGAGGUCCCCCAGGGCCAUCAGGGCUUCCAGGAAAACCUGGACUAGGCAAGCCAGGUCUCAAUGGCCAGCCAGGCCCCCAGGGACCUUCUGGUUUUCCAGGAAUUGGGAAGCCUGGACUAACAGGUCUACCAGGAAAGAUUGGGCCAAAGGGCAUGCCUGGUAUUAAUGGAGAGGUUGGCCCUCGAGGUGAACCAGGUCCCAGAGGUCCUUCAGGUCAGCCAGGACUACCUGGACCAGCUGGUCUCUCUCUGAAUGGGAAACCAGGGCUUCCAGGCAUCAGAGGCCCCGGCGGGUCUCGUGGUGAACCAGGACUUAAGGGUUUAUCUGGCCCACCAGGUGAGCGUGGGUUUAAAGGUGAAGAUGGAAACGGGAAACCAGGGCCUACUGGUAUAAGGGGUCCACCUGGUCUAAAAGGAAGUCCAGGACCACCUGGUCUUCCGGGUAUAGGCAAACCAGGACUCAAAGGUUUGCCUGGAUUGCCUGGUCUUAAAGGUGAUCAAGGACCCCCAGGGGAUCUAGGAGAACCAGGGGAGGCUGGGGCUCCAGGUUCACAAGGUUUACCAGGGCCAGUUGGAUUAGGGAAGCCUGGUGUCGACGGACUGCCUGGAGGACCAGGUCCAUUCGGUCCAAAAGGUGAGCCAGGACCAAGGGGUUCUCCUGGCUUUCCUGGGACUCCUGGCUAUGGAAAACCUGGUCUGAGUGGGACAAAAGGAGAUAAGGGCCAUAGUGGAUUGCCAGGUCUCCCAGGGGACAAAGGAGAGCCAGGGAUGGUGGGCCCAAUUGGGGAACCAGGCCUUGAUGGACUAUCUGGACCCCCAGGACUUCAAGGGCCAAUGGGACUCCCAGGAAAACACGGAAUGCCAGGACAGAAGGGCGAGUUGGGGCCCCAGGGUCCCCCAGGGCUACCUGGCCUCAGAGGAGACCAAGGGACAAGUGGACCCUCUGGAAGACCAGGCAUCCCUGGGGAAAAAGGCAUCCCCGGGCCUAAUGGUCCUAUUGGAAAACCUGGACCAAAAGGUGAGUCAGGACAUAUUGGCCUACCAGGGAAUCCAGGACUGACAGGUUCUCCAGGUCCCAAAGGUGAGACAGGGUUUAUAGGGACCCCAGGGCCUAGGGGGCAGUCAGGCAUCCCAGGUCUUCAGGGCCCUAUGGGUCCCAUGGGGCCACAGGGUAUUCCAGGUCAUAAGGGUGAACCUGGACUCACAGGGUCUCCAGGCCUUGGUAAGUUGGGAGAAAAGGGAGCUAUUGGUCCCCAAGGUCCCCAAGGGAAACCAGGCCCUUCUGGGCUUAAUGGUAACAGUGGACCACCUGGGCCUCCAGGGCCCCCUGGUCCUCCAGGAAAUGGCCAGACAGUGGUUGCAGGGCCAACAGGUUCACAGCUAGAAGGGGAUGAAGUACCAGGAGACAGGAAGGGGCCUGCGUACAGUCAAGUUCCACUCUCUGCCUCUGUGGCCCCUGCCUUCACAGCCAUCCUCACCACACCUUUCCCUCCCUCUGCCAUGCCAAUCAAAUUUGACAGGACCCUGUACAAUGGGCAAAACGCCUACAGCUCUGCUACUGGCAUGUUCACUGCUCCUUUAUCCGGUGUCUACUACUUUGCAUACCACAUGCACGUAAAGGGAACUAGCCUGUGGGUGGCACUGUACAAGAACAAUGUACCUGCCACUUACACCUAUGAUGAGUACAAGAAAGGCUACAUGGACCAGGCGUCUGGCAGUGCUGUCCUAGAGCUGAAGGAGGGGGAUCAGGUCUGGGUCCAGAUGCCAUCAGAUCAGGCGAAUGGUCUCUAUUCGACCGAGUACAUCCAUUCCUCCUUCUCAGGAUUCUUACUCUGUCCAACAUAACCCCGUCCCCUUUUUUUUUCAAACACGUUCCUGUAUUGGCAUCUCAGAGCAGCCCUUAACCUAAAACACCUGCAGCCAUAAUAGAAACACAAAACCCAUAGGAUUCUCAAUAUGAUUGCCAUCAUCAUUAUCCGUCUCACCCUCAACAACAUCUGCGAAAGAAAAGAAAAACUCUGUGAAUGGAAACGUUUUUAAAAACAGGGGAAGGAAUUUCAUACUUUGUUAUUUGUUUCAAUGUCCUUCAAAUGUGUGUUUUGGGUUAUAUUUUAUGUCAGUGUUUUUUAGCUUAUAUUAUGUUAAUUAUUAUAUUGUCAUAAUUUUAUUUUUAUUGCUUGGUCCUCAUCAUCAUCAUUGUUGGAUUCAGACAAUUAUGUGACUUACUUUGAAAUGUGCUAGUGACAAACCCUCCCAUGUGACUGCACAUCCUGCCUUCAUGCUUCAUACGGACAACAUCACCAGACCCUGAUGGGCUCCUGUUGCAGUCAUCCCCCCUCAUGUUCUUAUUAAGACAGUGAAUGGCAAGUCUGACAUAACAAUACAACAUACAUACAAACAUACACAAGCAACAACAAGGCAUUUGGUGCUUUAAUUAGGGAUGUUCCUAGGCAACUAAUUACCUAGUGGGUUAAAUAGAAAUUUAAAUUCAGACUAACCAAUUAGGCAAAAGGUAAGAAAAUUCAGUGAGAAGUCCAAAUUGAGCGCACUUUUUUUCUUAAUGUUCUGCAGGUAAAUUAUGUUAUUUGAUUGGCAAUGUGUGGCUAAUGUUUUCAGGGCUAGCACUGCCAGCCUUAGGUUCUUCCUGCAAGAUAACAUCCACAUGCCUCUACUAAAUGUGGUUAUGCAUUGCUCCAGUCAAUAUGCCAAUUUAACCUGACACAGCAUAUUUCCCUCUAAAUUUUCUAGAUCAAAAUACCACCAAACUGUGCUGCUUCUACUAGAUGCUACCCCUCCCAUGGUGCUUUUUUACAUAUCGGUAGAAAAUGUGGAGAGCAGGCCCAUUAAAUGAAGCAGCAGCCAGUCCAUGGCUUCAGCCCUGGUUAGUGGCGGGUAGAUGUGUUGCAGUUUGAGCAUAACAUUCAAAGGCCGAUAUAUCAAACCAUUUAAAAUAAUGGAUCUUUGUCUUUGGUUAAUUGACUGAAAUGUGGAUAAAUCCUAGAAAUGCAAUGAACGAAUUAAAAAGAUCUUGCAGUAUUGGAAUUUUUUUUAAUUGCCCAUUUCACGAACAUCAGAAAUGAAUAUCAUUCAAAACAAUGCCUUAUUGUUACUGUUUGAACAACAAUAAUUGAGGCUGAUAUGUAUGCAUACAGUCAAUGUUUACGUGCCAUAGAAAAGAUACUUAGAGGAACUGCAUAAUGGACAGGAAGGACACAACCAUAGCUGGAUUGAUAGCCUGUUUCACUUUAUUGAUCUAUUACAGGCAACCUACUUCAGACAUUCUGACCAUGACGUCACUGCUUACAAAUGUUAUAUAACUUUGUGAUAAACCAAUCAACAAUCAAAGUGAGAAAUCUGUACUUCCAUGAAAGCCUCUGACCACAUAUACUGUAACAUAAUCUGUGAACAUGCUGUAAACUGGGCUUCAAAAAACAGGGAGGCAGAUGGACUAUAAUAGAAAACAAUCAGUUCUUUCUUCAAUGCAAGAUAAGGCAAAUAAGAGGAAUUCUGAGUCAUUUGUGGUUCUAAAUACAAAGGCCUUUUUUAAGUUCCAGCCCAUUUUGUCCAAACUAGCUGAAUAAUUUUUAAGCUUUAUCCAUGGCUAAAAGGACUACAUGUUUUAUAACUCAGUAAUGUUAAAUGUGAAAUGAGAAUCAAUCUGCAUAAACUCCAUGAAUAAGUAAAGGGACAGGCAGUGGCCCACAGGUUGUGAAAUACAGGUUGUGUAACAUAUAACAAACUCCUGCCAGAUUUCUGGGAGAGUUGGUGGGCCAUAGGUGAGAGCCAUUUAUUUACUCCUCUGCUGGAUGAGGCAUUAAAUAUACCUUGUGUGUGUGUGUGUGUGUGUGUGUGUGUGUGUGUGUGUGUUGUAGUACGUGUGCCCUUCUGUCGAUUUAAGUGUGCGAGUAGAUGUUUCACGUAGUCCCCCAAGCAUUGUGGGCAGCCAACAAUGAUCCACAAUAAAUUUGACUUUAAAGUGUUUCAGUAUCUUUUGGGUUUUAAAAUAGUGUUGCAUACUAUUCUAGUGCCUUUUUAAAGUAAGGGAAAAACUAUAUAUAAAACAGGUAAAUCGUGAAUGUAAAAUAUAGAUUGUGAGAGACGAAAAAAAUAGUUUCAUUAUCAUUGCACAAUCAUCAUUAGAAAAUGAUGUUACAUCAUUAAAUAGAGUUAAAAUACUUAUAAAAACUGAACACUUCAGUCCAAUGAGUGGCAAAUUGUUUUGGCAUAAUUGAAACUGGUCAAAAUAAUUGAAUAACAUUUUGAUGAAGUGUACCAGAAUGUUUAUGAAUGGUGACAGAAGGGAGGAGCUGUUCAGGUUUGGGCAAAAUGAGUUAAAACAUUUGUGCUUUAGUUGCCGAUUCCGUGCCUUUUGAUUCCUAAAUUGAGGAUCCCAGUCAUACUAAGGCUGCCAGAACAACAUUAUCACAAAGAUUAUUUGGAGUGCCUUACACCUUGAUGGAGGAGUGGGAGGAUUGUGACAAAUAUGAUCAUAGCCUGCAAUCAGAAUGAAUGUAAAAUGUUUGACUGAUUUACAGCAAUUAUAAAAGAAUUCAUUGCUGCAUGUGUCACUAUAAAACACUAACCUUUUAUAUGUUACUUUGGAAAAGCAGUGCUAGCAUUUAGGUCUCAUCAGUAUAUGACACCCAUGUAAUGCAAACAAUUCGCUUGGCCUUUGCCUCUAAUAACAUGAACACAAUCACAAUGGCCCUGUAUCACUGUGAGUCUGCAAGACAGUCCAAGGCUUGUUAUGUACUGUAUGUUGCCUUUUUUUUCUCGCUAUAUAAUUUUGGACAUAUGAAGCAUGGUGUGAGUUACUUGUCACUAUUACUUUCUGUCCUUGUGUUUUCAUAGACAAUGUCACUUGCUUGCAGAGUUUGCCCCGGGUGCAAAUCAUUGAACAAGUGUCAGUAAGAUCCAUGUACUGUCUGAAACAAAAUAGCUUUUAAGUGUUUUCUGUUCUUUAAAAAAAAAAAAAAAAAAAGAUUAAUAAAAAGCCUUGCUUCGGUUAUUAAGGGAUAUUUGUUUGUUUUAGUGUCAGUAAAUACAAACGGCCAUUCCCAUUUGCACAUGAACUAAUGAAGAUGUAUUUAUACAUUUAUGAUAAUUUAAUAGGGAUGCCAAAACCGACCACCGAAGCCGAGAACGUAUAUAUGGUAUUUAACAGCAUUGAUGAGUUAAGAGCAUUUACAACAUUUAGUUAGCAUUCUAGCGUUGUUUGUGAAGGAUUAUUUGUGGACUUUUAUUUUCUAAUUGUGUAAUGUUCUAUGUAUCAACGUAUAGGAUUUUUGUCAUACAAGGCACUCUAUGCAAUAGAAUAUGGGUAUAAAAUGCACUCUUUUUGAUUGAAAUGUUUGUCUGCUUAUACAAAAUCUACAGUACUUGAUUGUAUUGAUACCACAUCAAUAAAAACAUUCUUGUA